CAUUUCUCUCUCCUCCCGAUUUUUUUUUGCUCCAGCCGCCCGACCUUUCCUCCUUCUCCUUGACGCCACGGCCGCCACACUUGGAACCGAUCUCCGCCAUUGGUACCAAACGAACCACCACUCGACCGCCGACGUUUCUUGACCCUUCGCCGGAGUUUCCGUGGCAGGAGCUCGCCGUAAAACUCCAUUUUCGCCGGAUUUCCAGUUUGAACUUUGAGCUCGAUUUUCUCCUUCAAUUCUCCACCAAAUCGAUCGAGUAAGGCACCAGAAGUCCAGUCGACCUACAGGAGGGACCUUCAAGAGGUCCAGCUAGCUCGGACCAACUGCCGUAGAAGUGCGCAUGAUCCACCACCGGGCCGUUCAUAGCUUCCGCGCCACCAAAUAAGGUAGAGUUUUGUGGAAAAUCCUUAGAACCCUAAAAACUCUAGAAAAUGCUCUGAUAUCUAUUUGAAACUGAAAAACUGGAGUUGAGUUCUGUUAUUUGAGAUAUUCUGGCAGUUGGUGUGGACUUAUUUGAUUGUUUAACAGGUGGAAAACUUUUGGUUUGGUCAAAAUACAGGGGAGACUCUGCCGAAUUUUCGGCAGAAGUCUAAGGGAAAGUGUAAAAAGAAUUUGAAACGAGAGGGAUAAAAAGGUCUUUUGUGCCCGACAUUCGCCAGGUGUCGGACACGCACAGGACUUGGCUCGAAUUUCAAAGCAGAAAUUGGGUCGGGUCCUGUCAAAUUAAGCCUUUUAAAGUCAAUUUCUUGCAGGCACCGACUCAAUCACAAAAACAUAAGAAAGAAAAAAAAAUAUAUAAGCAAAUAAUAAUAAUAAUAAAUAAAUAAAUAAAUAAAUAAAAGGUCAAUAGUAAGGAUUCUUUAAAGUAAUUUAAUAUUCCUGAAUAGAGAUAUUUAAACUUGAAUGCAAAGAGAUAGACUUAUUGCCAUGACGAAUUGUUCUAAUCACCUUUGCAAACACAACGACACUUAACAAAGAAAAAUACGAACAUGCAUUUAUGGAUACCCCAGAGCACGUAAGUGGGAUGGGACACUUGACGAAGAAAAAUACGAACAUGCAUUAUGGAGUAUGACUUAUCAUGCAUCUAAUUUCCAUGCUUACUUUUUCCUGGUUACAGACGGGAGAAGACUUCAAAGUCAAACCAUAUAUAGUAUUACAUAUAUAUAUAUAUAUAUAUAUCCACCACAACCUUUAUUUCUCAUCAGUUGUUAUCACUUUCCCUGAUCAGCUAGCUAGCGUCUCUAGAACUAAAAAGUUUACCAAAAUGAAACAUUUGCUCCAAUAUUUCUUGCUCCUAUUCUUAAUCCCUAAAAUCUGUUUUACCAUCAUCCCUGCCGUUCACAGCCUCUGCACUAAAGACCAGCAACUAUCAUUGCUCCAUUUGAAGAAAAGCCUUCAAUUUUCUCAUGAUCCUGAUUCUGAUUCAUACCCAACCAAGGUUAUAUCUUGGAAUUCAAGCACCGAUUGUUGUUCUUGGCUUGGUGUUAAUUGCAGUAGUGAUGGGCAUGUCGUUGGUCUUGACCUUAGCAGCGAAGCUAUCAACGAUGGCAUUGACGAUUCAAGCAGUCUCUUCGAUCUUCAACACCUUCAAAGCCUCAAUUUGGCUGACAACCAUUUUACCUAUGGUACUCGCAUUCCAUCUGCAAUCGGAAAGCUUGUGAACUUGAGGUAUCUAAAUUUAUCAUCUUGCAGUUUCUAUGGAUCAAUCCCAAAGUCAAUAGCAAAUCUAACACAAUUGGUUAGUUUGCAUUUGGGAUUAAAUACGUUCAGUGGUUCAAUUGAUUCUAUUAGCUGGGAAAACCUUAUUAAUCUGGUAGACCUCCAGAUGGAUGACAACCUACUUGAGGGGAGUAUUCCAUCGUCUCUCUUUUAUCUUCCCUUAUUGACACAACUAGUACUUUCCCGCAAUCAAUUCUCUGGUAAACUUCAUGCAUUUUCUAACACCUCUUCCGACUUAGAAUAUUUGGACCUUUCAGAAAACCAGAUUCAAGGCAAGAUACCCCAUUGGAUUUGGAGUUUCAGUCAUCUUUAUUACCUAAAUCUUUCUUGCAACUCUUUGGUAACUCUAGAAGCUCCUUUAUAUAAUUCUAGUGUAUCAAUAGUUGACCUUCAUUCAAACCAACUCCAGGGUCAAAUCCCAACUUUCAUACCAUUUGGUUACCAGCUGGAUUACUCAGGCAACCAUUUCAAUUCUAUACCAUCUGACAUUGGUUAUUUCUUCACUUCCACAAUGUUCUUCUCUCUUUCAAGCAAUAACUUGCAUGGGCUCAUUCCGGCAUCAAUAUGCAAUGCGACAAGUUUUCUUAUGAGUCUUGAUCUGUCCAAUAAUUUUCUGAGUGGCAUUAUUCCCCCAUGCUUGACUGCAAUGCGCGGUCUCAGAGUACUUAAUUUAGCAAGAAACAACCUCACUGGAACUAUUUCUAAUUUUCAAGUUACUGAAUAUAGUUUAUUAGAAAUUCUAAAGCUCGAUGGAAAUCAGUUAGGUGGUCAGUUUCCAAAAUCUCUAGGUAACUGCAUACAGUUACAGGUUUUAAACUUGGGAAACAAUCGUAUAACAGAUACAUUUCCAUGCUUGUUAAAAAACAUGUCCACCUUGCGUGUCCUUGUGUUGCGGUCCAACAACUUCUAUGGAGGAAUUGGAUGUCCCAACACCUAUGGCACCUGGCCAGUGCUUCAAAUCAUACACCUAGCUCACAACAAUUUCACUGGUGAAAUACCGGGAAUAUUUUUGACAACAUGGCAGGUAAUGAUGGCUCCCGAGGAUGGUCCCCUAUCGAUUGUCAAAUUCCAACUGGAUACAAUUAUUGCGGGAAAAUCAAUGUUGAUUGAUUAUUCUUUUAAUGAUCGUAUAACAGUUACCAGCAAAGGGUUAGAGAUGGAUCUAGUAAGGAUUCUAUCUAUCUUCACCUUGAUUGACUUCUCUUGCAACAACUUCAGUGGACCAAUACCUAAGGAAAUGGGAGAAUUCAAAUCACUACAUGUCCUUAACUUGUCCAGAAAUUCUUUGACAGGCGAAAUCCCAUCCUCAUUUGGUAACAUGCAGGUACUCGAGUCCUUGGACCUGUCACAGAACAAGUUGGGCGGGGAAAUUCCACAACAGUUGGCAAAGCUUACUUUCCUUUCGUUCUUGAAUAUCUCAUAUAAUCAACUGGUCGGCAGGAUCCCACCCAGUACUCAGUUUUCAACAUUUCCAAAAGACUCAUUUACAGGAAACAAAGGACUAUGGGGGCCUCCUUUGACAGUGGAUAACAAAACAGGAUUAUCACCACCACCAGCAUUAAAUGGAAGCCUUCCAAAUUCUGGCCAUCGUGGGAUUAAUUGGGAUCUGAUCAGUGUUGAAAUUGGAUUUACAGUUGGCUUUGGAGCUUCCGUUGGGUCACUUGUGUUGUGCAAGAGAUGGAGUAAGUGGUAUUACAGAGCUAUGUACAGGAUGGUUCUUAAGAUAUUCCCACAGCUGGAGGAAAGAAUUGGAAUUCAUCGAAGACAUGUUCACAUAAAUCGAAGGUGGAGACGUUGAGGAGCAAUGCAGCUGGACGCCAAUCCAUGUAUGCCUGAAGGCUUGGGGAUGUUCCUGGCCAUCUUUUUCUUUAUUUCAAGAUACACGAAAUAAGCAAUGUGCUUCUGCUGUCAUAUUUUAUCUUAAUAAUCAUUUAUCUUGUAUUAUGCAAUGUGAGUGCAAAACAUAUUACUAUCGUUUGCUUGCUUAAUUUUUGCCACGGUUAAAAGGUUGUCAUGACUUUCAUAUGCCUCCAUCCUAUUCUACUACGGAAGCUUACUCAAUUCUCUCUUUUCCUCUGUGCUGCAGAGGGCUUGUGGAAUUCUUUUUAAGGAUGGUUUGGGAAUUUUGUAAUCUUAGGUUUUUUUUAUAAAGCAAAAUAAAAUUAAACUAUUC